UUCAGCACUGGAACAAACAGGAAAAGGAGUGGUCAUGUGACGUAGGGAUUGUUUUUCAAAAUAGCUUAGCUAGCUGCAAGCUAGCUGAAGUAUCUUAUAUACUACGUUAUUAUCAUUCACUUUUAUAACGCAGCAUAAUUUAAAUAAAUGUGAAUAUUAAACUUCUAGCAGAGUCAUGAAUGGGAGUACAAAUCCGCUCUUGGACAAAGAAGAACAUGUUUUGAAGCUCGGAGAGAGCUUUGAGAAGAGGCCAAAAUCAUCAUUUCACACCAUCAGAUAUGAUUUCAAACCAGCUUCAAUUGACACAAGCUGCGAGGGAGAGUUGCAAGUUGGUAAAGGAGAGGAAGUCACCAUCACAUUACCUCACAUUCCAGGCUCUACACCACCCAUGACAGUAUUCAAAGGGAAUAAGCGGCCAUAUCAGAAAGACUGUGUUCUUAUCAUCAAUCAUGACACUGGGGAGUACAUGCUGGAGAAGUUGAGCAGCAGUAUCCAGGUCAAGAAAACCAGAGCGGAGGGCAGCAGUAAGAUCCAGGCCAGGAUUGAGCAACAGUCAGUGCGUGCCACUGCCACCCAGCCUCCAGCGCAGUUCCGUGCCCCCACUAAGCCUGCUGCAGGGGCCAAGACCUCCCCCUCCCCUUCCAAGGACAACCCCUCCCCUGAGCCCCAGCUAGAUGACAUCAAGAGAGAGCUGCGAGCGGAGGUGGAUGUUAUUGAACAAAUGAGCAGCAGUAGCGGCAGCAGCUCAUCUGACUCUGCCAGUGGCUCUGGUAGUGGGGACGACAGCUCCAGCAGUGAUGGGGAGCAUGACGCCCCUCAUCCCCAACCUGUCCCACUCCCUCUCAUCCAGCCCUCCCCCAACCCUGUGGUCAACGGAGGAGCAGACAGGCAACAGGGCAGCAACCAGCUGAUGAACACGCUCAGGAAUGACCUCCAGUUGAGCGAGUCAGGCAGCGACAGUGGUGAUGACUGAACUGCCCCCAGUCUCUCUCCUGCCCUCUCUUUCUACCUCUCAUUAUUACACCAUCUUGCUUUCCUCUUUCUUCUCUUUGCCUGGUUCCGUUGUUUCGUUGCUGUGGUAACCAACCCAACUGUAAAGUCUGGUUUUAUUGUAUUUUUUAAAUGUCUCUGUGAAGCCGGCGAACCUGGAGAUUUAAUAGUGUAUUUUUGAUUAGCUGUAUAUUUUGUUUUGUAUUUUUAAAUACUUUUACAUAUGAAAACAUGCUAAAGAAUAUAUAUUAGAAUGCAUGUACAUAUUUUCUGUAGUUAGAGCUCCUAGUUGUAUCAACUUGUAGCACAAGUCUUUGUUGUUUUCUUGUUUCAUCACAGGGGAUGAAUAUCACCCCCAUCUUCCCUAUUUAUCUGGAAAUCAAAAGAAGGCACUGAAAGCAUUUCACCCAUUCCAUGUUUUUAUCAGUAUCAUGACACUUUCAAAAAUCUUUGAAGAGGCCAGGGUACAGCUCACAUCGAUCUAAGCUACAGAUGAUACAAAAGGACAUACUGAUAUUUUUUUAUGUAAAAUCAGUUUCUAAAGUUUCAAUUGACCACUUAAAGGUUUUAGUUGGAAUAUUGACCUGUUCUGGUGAACAGGUAAAUAUCAGUAAGUCAUUUCAUUUCAUUCAAGUCAUUUACUUACAAAUUGGUGCAUUCACCUUAUGACAUCCAGUGGAACAGUCACUUUACAAUAGUGCAUCUAAAUCUUAAAAGGGGGGGUGGUGAGAAGGAUUACUUAUCCUAUCCUAGGUAUUCCUUAAAGAGGUGGGGUUUCAGGUGUCUCCGGAAGGUGGUGAUUGACUCCGCUGUCCUGGCGUCGUGAGGGAGUUUGUUCCACCAUUGGGGGGCCAGAGCAGCGAACAGUUUUGACUGGGCUGAGCGGGAACUGUACUUCCUCAGUGGUAGGGAGGCGAGCAGGCCAGAGGUGGAUGAACGCAGUGCCCUUGUUUGGGUGUAGGGCCUGAUCAGAGCCUGGAGGUACUGAGGUGCCGUCCCCCUCACAGUAACAUGUAAAUGAGCCGGGGUCAAUCCUUUACAUGUCAAAGCACUUUAGUUUCAUUGUAAAAUCAACACUUUCAGCAGUUUCCACCUAAAAUAUUUUGCAUUGCUUUUAACAGCACCUUUCUGAUCUUUUAAAUGCAACUAACACCCAGUACUUUGAGUUCACCAUACCCUUUAUAGCUCAUAUUCUACUAUUUCCACAUCAAUCAUUUGACUUUCUGAUUCUGUCUCACUCAAUAGCUACGUAUCCAUCAUAUUGGUGACAGAUUUUCAUGCGAAUAUUCUAAAAUCCGCAUUAAAACAAUAUGUGCACAUUCCCACCAGAGAUGUUUCCAUCACAUUGACUUGUUGCGGAUAACAGUCUGUGCGUGAUGACGUAGUGCACAUAAAAAUAACUUUUGCGAUUUAAUUACCAUUAAAUACAAGUUAAAUGGGUUUCCGUCGCAUUUGCUGUUUUGCAGGUAGGCUAGUCUACAUGAUGCGAUUAUUACAAGAUAAGAGCGUGAUUAUUUGUAUUUGUCAAACGGCAGCCAAGCAUCGAUCAUCAUGUCACCAGAAUAAGAACCUCGAUAUUUAUUGGAAAGGCUCAUCACUGUGCACUUUCACCACCCUGUGAAGUUUAUCAUUUAUUUCAUAUAGCCUAAUAAACUGCAAGCUUUCCUGAGUCGUAGUGGGAGGACCACACAAUAUCACAUGACUCCAAAUGUACUUCUAUAUGACAGUUAUUACAUCAAUAUUUGCACAUAAAUGCGUUUCCACCGAUAUUUCUCACAUAAUUCAUUUUACAGACAGAAAAAGAUCCCACCUUGUCUAGCGUAUUUAGUUUUGUCGAAAUUUGGAAAGUUUACCGACAAAUGUGCUGUUUCCAUCAGGCCUGUCGUGGCAUUUUUAUAAUCUGACUUUACUCGCAUAAAAAGGUUGGAUGGAAACCUGGUUACUGGCCCAACCAUAUAUCACUGUCCAAAGUUCCCAACCAUAUAUCACUGGGCUAGUUUCAGACCUGUGUAGACAUUUUUAGAAGUACCAAAGAAGCAAAACAAGUAGGUUUUAGAAUACAGAUGCUGAACAUCUAUGUUUACUUAGAUAUAAGUCUAUUUUCAUUAGACUGGGUUACUCAUAACAUGUAACAGCUGCUAUACAUUGACCACUUGUUUUUUCAUUAGUUCCAUAGAUUCAACAGAUUUGGAGUGAUAGCAGUCACAUUGGAUCACAUCUUUUAAUUUAGCAACUGUUGUGACAGUGAUCAAUAGCGCGCUAGAAUCUGCGCAGAUUAUUAUAGCAAUUGAGAAGAUCGCCACAAACCUGCGGUGUAUGCAUGCUAUUUUGGAACAUGCACAAUUUCUAUUAUUACAGAAGAUAUUUAUAGUUACUGUAGGCUAACCUCAAAAUUUGGCCAUGGAUGUGUGUUACUCAUUUUAAGGUUGAAUAAAUACCUUUACAUUAGUUUGUAAAAUAGCCUUAACUUUAUGCUAUUUACUGUAUUCCAAAAGUCAAUCAAAUUUCAACAUUUUAAAGUAUCUAAUGCUUGGAUGGUUUCAUCUGAGCCACUGGCUUAAUCCUAUUCUUUAACUUUUAUUUUUGGUUUAGUUGGAGACGUGAAUCCAACAUAUAAUUUGUCGUCAAAUUAAUAGGCUAUUUACUGUAUUGCAAAAAUUAUAUUGAAUUGUGUUUGGUUGUCAACACAACCAAAUAUCAACAUUUGAAGGAGAUGUAUGUUUUUUGCCACUGACUUAGUAUGGCUUUAAUUCCAGUUUGUCUACAUGAAUUUAUGUCAACCAAGAAUCAAAAUGAAAGAAUAUGACUAAAUCAAAGUUGAAGUGCAUUUAAAGUUAGAUGUGAUUUAGUCCUAUUCUUUAACUUCGAUUUUUGGUUGAGAUGGAGACAUGAAUUCAACAUAUCAAUUAUUCAUUUGUAGACGAACUGGAAUUAAAGCCAGACUAAGUCAGUGGCACAGAUGCAACUAUCCAAUCAGAAGAUACAUCUCCUUCAAUUGUUGAUAUUUGGUGACAAAUAUCAAAGCUAAGCAGGAAUGGGCUUGGUUAAAACCCUGGAUGAGGGACCAAAUGAAUAACUGUAUAUAGAUCAUCUCUCCAAUAGAAGGUGUUGCUGAGCCUAUUGUUUUUUUCUUCUGAUAGUGGAUAUGUCGUUGAAGAUCUGACGUUGUUUCAAAGGUACAAAUUCAACAUAUUUUACACAAGGGUUGUCUUUGUUGAAAAGGGGUUACAACGAUGACAUAAUCCUGUGGUUGACAUUUCACCCUCAAAACAAUAGUUUUUUUCAAAUCCAAUAUAUUUUCCACAUAGAUUCCAUGUUACAAUACAUUGAUAAAUUUACGUUGAAACAACAUUGAUUCAACCAGUUUGUGCCCAGUUCGGAUGUGUGUUCAUAAGGUGCUUAAAUGGUAUUUAACUGGUGCUGUUGUGUGUCUGGGACAUGGGUAUACAGCGAUGGGUAUACAAAUGUAAUGUGUUUUGUUUUCACAGCAGUUUGGAUCCAUGAACUUUGAUGUCUAACGCUAUUUCCAAUUUGUGUCUCUCUGGCAUCCAGUGUUAUUUCUGACCCAUACAGUUACUGUCCCAGUACAACCUCUCUUGCCACAUUUAUCAAAGUGGUUGACUUCUAUCUCUAGUUUUAUGUGCUUUGAGGUUUAUUAAAGUGUACACAUGUAUUUAAAUUGGAAUUAACUUUUUAUCAGUCAACCAAAAUAAAGGAAGAAAACAGUCA